AUGAGCGAGGCCCCCUUUGAGAUCACGCGCGAGGCCACAGAGCCGCCUCAUCACACUCCAAAAACACACGCAGCGGGGCCCACUGUGUCCAUCACACCUGCAGUCACAGAUUAUGCGGAGAAAGAGAAGACCCUGGCCAAGGCCCUGGAGGACCUCAAAGCCAACUUCUACUGUGAGCUGUGCGACAAGCAGUAUUACAAGCACCAAGAGUUUGACAACCAUAUCAACUCGUACGACCACGCUCACAAACAGAGACUCAAGGAGCUGAAGCAGAGGGAGUUUGCUCGCAAUGUGGCCUCCAAGUCCAGGAAGGAUGAGCGGAAGCAGGAGCGUGCUCUGCGUCGGCUGCACGAGCUGGCGGAGCAGCGGCGGGAGGUUCACUGUGCUCCGGGGAGCGGCCCCAUGUUUAAAUCCACCACGGUGGCAGUGGAGGCAGGUCUGAGGGACCCCUGCGGUGACGGAUCCCCCGAGGAGGUGCAAGGACUUGCUGUGCCGGAGGCAGGAGGCCAGACUCACAACUGCAGCAGCAGCAGCGUCAGUGGCGGCGGCAGCAGCAGCAAUGCUUCAGGCCCGGCGGCUGGCAGCAACAAUGGCAAGCUGCUGCCGUGGCCCCACGCGGCCAGGCAGAAGAAGCCCGCGGGCAGCCGCCGCAAGAUCGCCUUCUCCUUCUCCUUCCGGAAGAGGGCCUCCGUGAAGCUGGAGUCGUCCGCCGCCGUGUUCUGCGAGGGCGCGCAGGAGGAAGGGUCGGCGGAGCGGCACCGCAGACAGAGGCUCCGAGCGCCCCUCGUCGAGCUCGACCUCCCCGGGUCCCCCGGCGACGAGGCGGCGGCGGCGGCAGCCGGAAAGGCGCUUAAUUGCGAGGAGACGAUUUACUGCAUCGGCACGACCCAGCGGGCCCGUUUCGCUCCGGAGAGCGGCGGCGGCGGCGCGGAGAGCGAGGGGUCAUCUGAUACGCCGGUGGGCCGAGGGACCCCGCGGCCCGCUUCAGAUCUGUGCGCUCUGCUCGUGUACUCGGAGGACGUGGCCGGGAGCCCUUCCGUCUCCCAGAUAGCCGGCUCGCCUUUCGCUCUCGGCAGCGUGGACGUCGCGCUGGACUCGGAGGACUCUGCCAGCGAGAGCCUGAAAAGCUGCGACGCCGCUAACGGGGGAGGGGAGCUCAAAGAGCAAGCCGUCGCCGCCGCCGCCACCGAGCAGCCCGUGUCGGAGGAGAGCGGCCCUUUGAGUCAGAGCACCUCGGACGUGUGCGGCGAGGCCGACCCCUCUCACAGGGGUCAAGCGGCAGAGGAGGGCCAUCCUCUAAAGACCCCCUUCACAAAGCCCAGUCAGCCUUUUUUCUCCGUGCGGAGCCGUGACGGUAAUACCAUUUUCCAGUGGCCCUCGGAGAUGCUAACCUUCACAAAAGCCGGCCCGCCCUUGUCCUACAGCUGCAACCCGCUCCAUUUUGAUUUCAAGGGGUCACACAAUCGAGCGCCUGGCGACCCGAGGCAGGACGCCGAGACCAAGACGGAUGAGGAGUCCUCCAUCAGCUCGGUCUCGGCCAGUCGGGGGAAAUCCAUAAGUCCAGACAAGCGUAUUGAAGAGGGCACGUUCGGUCUGGACCACGGUCCCGCCGGAGAGGCCGAGGCGAAAUCGCGAAAGUGCCACCAGCACGCCAGCGACACGGAGAGCUGCCUCGGACUAAAAAUACACGCGCGGUGCAAGUACUCCAAAGAGCGGUCGCACAGCCAAAAGCGAACGGACGAGAAACUGAGGGUCAGGGACCGACGCCAUUACCGGAACCACAACAGGAAGAAGCGGCGACGGCGGCGGAGAAAGAGGAGGGUGCAGCGUCGCCACCAGCCCGAGAGCUACGGCGACGGCAACGCACCGGAGAAGUGCAGGAGAUUCCAGAAGCGCGUCGCAUCGCCGGACGAGUGGUGUCGGGGGGAAGCGCCUGAUAGCCAAUUUCAAGCUGGCACUUCAGCGCAAGUGCAGCAUCCGUUAGAAAAGUCAAAGCAAUCAGCUCUGAAUCAGGCGGGAGACAGCUGCAGCGGGGCUUCCCUCGCCGAGAGGCCGCCAGGCGGGGGGCCGGGCACAGCAGGGGGCAUAAACGGCCCAGCGGGCGACCCGAGCCUCUCUGAUAAGGGCUGGAAGGACGCCGAAAAGGUGGCGGUGGGAGGCAGCGCGAGCAGCCCCGGUUUCCCAUCUGCCCGCCUGACGUGCUUGACGGGGAGCGGGUCGUGCCGGCAUUCCGACGUGCCGAUCCGGUCGCCGAUCGCGGGCUUCACACGCCGGAGUGACGGGCUGCCGCUCGGCGCGGGCGACGCUGUCGGCAGCAUCAAAGCCCUGUGGCGCAUCCGGCGUCUGAAGAGGAAGCGCAGCGCCUCGCUGAGCGACGUCGACGCCAUGCGCUCGGAUCAGGUGACGCGCGCCACUCUCGGAGUGCCAGGCAGUCAGCCGAGCGGGCGGGAGCAGGGACACGAACAUCGGGGCUCGUCCGACGAGGAGGCCUCGUGUUGCGAACACGGAAGAUGCAGAAAAAGAAGAAAAAUCUCCCGCGUCGCAGACCAGUCUCGCGACCCUGCUUACAAGGUACCCGUCGCUGAAAGCCUUGUUCCGACUGACCGAAGCACGAGCGACGUGAACCCAAGCGUGAAAAGCCCGCUUCUAAAAGGGCCGGGCGACUUGGGGAGCGCGGGCUCAGACAAAAGCUCAUGCAGUAUUGAUGAUCAAAAGAGCUCUGUGGUCGACGCGCCGGCCGAGAGCUCCAUUAUCCCUGACCCGGGUCAGCGCGUGGCAGAUAGUGACCGACGGAUGGGGAACCCGUCUGGCCUUCCAAUCAAUGAGCCGCGCCACGCCACUCCUGACGAUUCCCCCGCUCCUCCUCCUCCUCCUCCACCUCCUCCCACGCAGCCCGCCGAGCGGAGAGAUCCGAGUCCCUCGGAAGUCACGGGAGAGACUCUCACCGCCAGGUCUCGACAUGACAACUCGGCAGUGGAGGAGCACUCUAACAAGCCGGCACUGGCAGCAGGAGCAGCAACACUGGCAGCAACAGCAGCAGCAGCAGCAUCAGCGGCAGCGGCAGCCCAGGUCUGCCUGUCAAGAGCGAGAGAACAAGAGUCGGCGCUGGCAAGGUCUGGAAAGGCCGGCCUGGACAAAUCGUGUCAGCGCGGUGGCGGCGGUGGCCACCCUGCGGCGCAGCCCCCGAGGUUUCACCUGUCUGCCGGCCGGGCCGAGGAGGAGAAGCCUGGCCGCGAGAGCUACCGGACCACCGGCGGCUGCGGCAGCAGUCCUUUCCACGGCCCUCCUCCUCCUCAUCCUCACCCCCCUCCUCCGCCUCAGCUGUCGUGCUUCCAGCACCCGUCUGACAGCAUGGAGAGGCACUGCCUCCUACAGAUUCAGACACACAGACAGGUGCUCCACCACCACCACCACCACCACCAACACCACCAGCAGCAGCAGCAGCAUCAGCAGCAGCAGCAUCAGCAGCAGGUGUUCCAGGCGACCAAGCUGAAGCCCGUGCUCCAGCAGCCCCAGCCUCUGGCCGUGCCCUCCCCCGUCCACCUCCACCAGGUCCACCUGCCCUCGCCCGGCUCCAUCACCAUCCGCCACACCAUCCUCCAGCACCACCACCACCACGCCACCUUCCUCCCCCCGGCUCAGCAUCACCACCACCACCACCCCCACCACGCGCCUCCCCCGCCUGCGCCUCCCCCUCCUCCGCCACCUCCUCAGCUCUUCCCGCAGGUGCUGCCAGUGACUCGCCUGCCGCUGGGAGCGGAGAUGUGCCAGCCUGGUGCCCCUGCUUUCAUGACUCAGCCCCAGGUGUCGGUGGUUGGCCCGCCCGGCAUGCACCCGAUGGCGGUCACCUUCCAUGCCCUUCCCCGGCCUGCCAUGUUCCCCCAGAUGUUGCCCCCGCACCCGGCGGUGAUCCCCCUUCAGCCUCUCUUCUGACACCGGACUCACCUGUGUGUCCAGAGAUUCCAUUGUGUUCGUAGCAAGUCCAGUCACCAAGCUUAGUGCGCUACCCCUUGUUAGAAUGGCAACCAUAGCAUAAUAGGAUCUGCAGAGAGAGAGAGAGAGAGAGAAUAUUCGACAUGAGUAGUUUGUCAGUGCUUUAAGGUUAGAGGAGAAGAGAAAUAUUUGUGUAACAUUAUUGCACCUAACUUUUCUGGCUUCAGUAACAACAACAAAAAAAAAACUGGAGCAAUGUUUUAUUCAACAACACGGCUGUUAAUUAGGUUUGAGACCUGUUUUAGCAACAAUUCAUUCUGUGUUGACUGAGGAUAAGUCACAUGUAGGUCACAUUUGAAUACCGGCACUGUAGUUUAAAAUUCUAAACAAAAUAUCAUGAUGAUUCAAGCUAAUUGGUGAUCUCAAUGUAAGCACAGUAGUAGGUCUCGAUACAACCCCCCAAAUAUUUUAAGCGGGCGUCCCAGUUUCCAAAGCAAAGGACAAGAAAAAUGGUCGAAAUACAUACACACAAUGAGCUAUACAGUGUAGACUUAAUGUGCAACCUCUCCACGUGAUCAUCCACCUGCUAGUGCGAACUGUGCAAUGCCAUUCACUGACUGUGUAUUACAGUAAAUGUAUGGAUGUGAUCGCCAAUUAUCAGUAGUGAGUCAGUUCUGUGCUAGAGAGGGUGAGUUCGAGGUCUGCUUGCCUGUAGGCUUUUAGAUGGUCACACAGUACACACCACUUAGUGGUUGUUGCUGCAGCCACACACUACACACACACAACGAUAGAGAGCUUGCUUUUCCUUGUCAGUGCGAGUGGGUGUCUUGAUGCGUCGGUUGGUGUAGCUUCGUAGGACGUUGGCGUGGUGCUGAUUGGCACCGUUCCUGCAGUGUGGCAGAGCUAAUGCCCAUUAGAGGUACAGUAGAUGGCAUGACGACCGUUAGCAAAGGCGGCAUAGUUAGCAAAGGCGGCACUUGCACAGUAAUCCUGCAAGUUAGAGUCAAGUGAUGUUUAAUGUAUCGCAAAACGUGAUAAGUGAUGACAGUAGGACAUUCACUGAGAAUGAGUGAUGAUGGGGAAACAAAACAUAAUGUGGUCAAACAAAAUAUGUAUCAUAGUUAGAAUGGCCUCUAUAUGGGUCAGAGACGUACUUUAGCGGGGUAGAUAUGGAUUUCAGUGACCUACUUUGGCUGGCCAGUUUGAUCCAUAGUGGAAUCUUCGCACCAACACAACAGGUUAGGUAUUAACAUGAAAGUUGCAUUUAUUAUACGUUUCUUAACAUCUUGUGCUCAUCACUAUUUUGUUGUUUUCUGUAAAAAAAAUGUGUUGUCGUGUGCAGCCUUAUUCCACUGGCAGUCCCACCAUGUAAGCAAAUGAACAGCAUUAUGUUUAAUGGGGAGCAGUUGUUAGUUCAGCAUAAUUUUGAUGCCUGGCGAAGUGGAUAACAGGAAAGCUGGUGCACUGAUAGUUUGUUCUCAGCUGACAGAGACUCAAAGGUGUGCCAUAAUUCAAAAUGUAAUACCUGUUUCCGUACGUGCUGAGUGGACCCUUUCCAUAUGUGUUUAUUUAUUUCGCUUUUGUUAAUUGACUGAGGGUGUUGUUAUUGGGCAUAAUCCAACAGUACAUAGUUUGGUUCCCUGUUUUCUCAGAUACUGUAGACUUUUAAUCCGAUAGAACACCCUAGACAUUAUAAGCUUUAAGGCUGUAAAUGCAAUACAUAUGAAAUUAAAGUUGUUCUGAAGCACAAAAUACUAUUAAGUGCUAUUUUGGAAGUGAAUGUUUACACAUACCAUUCAAGUCACCUAAAAAAUGUUUUAGUAUACUCACUUAGUAUGUUGUAGUAUACUACUCGCUUAGACCAACAUAAUAGAUUAAUUGAAGCAUUUAUCGGAGUUAAUUUGAAAGAUCACAGUGAAUUCUCUCCUCAAACAGUGAAUUAGUCUGUAUUCACUAAACGCUGUGAUCCGUAGUCUUUGAAAGGUUUGUCGAAUUCCCAAAUGAAUUGCUUUUUUUUUUUUUGUUGAGAUACGAGCCAGUGAAUCCAUCUUUUUUCUUUCUUUUUUUCCACUCCUCCUUCUGCUGGCUCAUUAGAUUUCAGUAGGUUAGACACCAGGCUCAAAUAUAGCAUGUGGCAGCAUCCUGGCCACCUCAAGACAGUAUCAGUGUCAAUUGCUCAGCUAUGAAGUGAGUGCCAAUUAUUUCAUGUCAAAUAUAACCAAAAUAAGAAAUAAAAGAAUCCUUGCUCUUGCUCCUUGCUUGCAUCAGACAACUGUCCAAAUAAAUGCCAUUGUCCAAGCAAGAAGCCGUUUUCUUGCUAAAUCUGUAAGUCUCUAAACAAGUCAGAGGGAGAGUAUACAGACUACAGCUGAUAAUCUUUGUUCUGAUAGGAAAAAAAGGGCAACUGUUUGACAAUGGAACUACUGCAUGGGGAAAGCUCGUAGGGUUGAUAUUGCAAACGUAACUCAUUGUCAAUGGAGAUCUUGUACAGAUGACUGGAGCCUGUUGGUGUCUUGCCAGAAAGACUUGUUAUAAUCUGCAGUUAUGUGUAACAUAAAAAGCAAGCAAGCAUUUAAAAUGGUCUUCUUCAUAAAUCUGCACCUCUAGUCCAGAUCUGCAUUACAUUGUGUGAAUGCACAAUUUUAAUGUAUUUUAGUACAUUCAACUUGCUUUCAAGACCUGUACAUGGUGUAAAUUAGCAAUGUUUAUAAUUCAUGUAAGAUUUAAUGUAUAUGUAAAUACGUUCCUGUUUUUAUUGUGCAAUGUACCCUAUAUGUAUGAAUUAUUUAGAUAAGACAAAGCCAACUAUGUUUUUUACGCCAAUUUGCCAACCGAAUGAUGUUAAAGUAAUAUCUAAUAAAA